GAAGAAGACACCACACCAACAGUUACUAGGGUAACGUCAACAUUUCGAGUUGCUGACUUUUUUCUAGCUAGCUAGCGUUCUUUAACUUUUAGCAUUUUCCUCUAAAGUAAACUAGCUAGCUAACGUUAUCUAGACAGUGGUUGGAAAUUUUAAAAAUAAUUAACGCUACUGUCGACGACAACGACCAAGACGGAGUUCAUUUUAAGGCAUCAUGGCAAGUCAGCGGCCUCCCUCCAGCAUAGGCCGCCCAAUGAGCCGCAGUGGAUCUGUGGUCCCUGUCGCUGGAAGACUCCCAACGGCCGUUCGACCUCCUCCUACAGCUGUUCGAGUUGCAACUGGGAUCGUUCCAGGUACAAGUGGUCAUCCCGGCAUGAGGGGCGGCAUCCCCAUUGCCGCCCCUGGAGUUCUAUCAGCACAGAUAAAAGUGACUGACAGGCCUGUGACCCAACAGGGGCUCAGUGGUAUGAAGACUGGCAUGAAAGGACCUCAGAGACAGAUUCUGGAUAAGUCCUACUACUUGGGCCUCCUUAGGAGUAAGAUCAACGAGUUAACCACAGAGACCAGCAAACUGCACAAAGAAAUUGACAACUACAACCAGGAGAAUUCUGUGUAUCUCUCCUAUGAGAAGAGAGCCGAAGGCCUUGCUGCAGAGAUAAAGGAUCUACAAGGCCAGCUUGCCGACUACAACAUGCUGGGGGAAAAUUUAACACCAACAAAGAUAGGGAAAUGUAAAGGGCAAAUUAAACAAACCACAAACUCUUCCACCAUGAUGUGUUUGCUAUGCAGAAGAGAGGAGGCUAUCCGGCAGAUUGAAGAAGGGAUCAGGAAGGAAAGGCGGGUCGCUGAUGAGGUUGUCCAGGCAAUGCCAGCCACAAAGCAAGAGAAGUAUUUCACCAUGACAACAGCCAAUGAGGAACUGCUACAGGAGCUAACUGUUCUACAGGAGGAGCUGGACAUUCUGAUAACUAGGAAGGAGGACUACGAUGCUGAGCUGGCCCACUCGCAUAUAAAGCAGGAAGUGGUUCGGCUUCAUGAGACUCUGUCAGCGCUGGAGGCGAAGCGGGACGCCAUGGAGGCUGAGCACAAGAGCCUGGGUUCCCCACAGGAGGAGAGAGAGCAAUUAUUCAAACAGGUGAAGGAGGACAACCAGGAAAUCGCCAGCAUGGAGAGACAGCUUACAGAGAUCAGGGACAGCAUACGAAAAAUCAAAGAGGAGAUCCAACAACUGGAGCAGGACUCAGAGGAAGCGCAGGGGGAGUGUCAGCAGAAAUACAAAGAGCUGAAGAGGAGAGAGGAGGAAAUUGACCGGUACAUGGAGUCAUUUGAGGAGACCAAGGCUCAGGAGCAGGCCAAGAUGACACAGAGCCAGGAGAACAUUGUCUCCCUCCUGGAACACUGCAGCAGAAACAUGUUGCGGCUACAUCAGGUGGCAGUAACCGCCAGUGAGCUGAGAAACAUGCAGGAGGUGCUGGUCAGCAAGGAGACGGAGGUGGUUCUCGAGAGCACCGCCAGAGGACUGACAACUGAGUCCCAGCAUCUGCAGCAGGACCUGGAGAAAGUGCAGCAGCUGGAGGGGAAGAUCACAGGCGAGCUCAGCACCCUGAAGGAGCGCGUCGCCACCAUGCAGUCUGAGCUGGUCACCUACCAAGACUUGGACACCCUGAGGCACACAGCAGAAGAGAAGAAAAGGAGACUACAGGAGAGCCGCGUAUCCCUGACUCAGCGUCGGGAUUCAUUGAGGCAGCUGUUGGAGGAAAUGAACCAGAAAUAUGAAGCUCUGAAGACCAAACUGAAACAAAACGAGACUCAUGCUCAGCUGGCUAACCUUGAGAGGAAAUGGCAACACCUGGAGCAGAACAACUUCGUAAUGAAAGAAUUCAUCGCCUCUAAAUCUCAGGAGAGCGACUACGCCUCAGUUGCUAAGAACGUCUCCCAACAAGUGGCAGAGUACAACAAGAGUCUCAUAGACUCCUUGCAGAACAGGAGUUAAAAAAACACACACACACACACACACACA